CCUCACCUCAGCCUCUCCAAAAACAAAAUCCUGCCAAGACUAGGCCGAAGCGGGGGGUGAACCGCGGUACCCUAAAAUCUCCUGCUCCUCUUGCUUUCCGUGAUUCCAGAGGCUGCCUGGCAUCCCUCGGGCCUCGUUGUCGCCAGGCCCUACUGUCACUAUGAGCAUUCGGAUAAAUGCGACGGUCCAGGAGGCCCGAACAGCUGCAAACCACAGCCAGGAGCAAUGGGACCGCUUCUAUUUCAUAACCAAAGACGAGGCCAGGCAGCUUGCAGAGGCGCAUCCCGACUGGAAAAGAUGGAUCCUCAUCCCCGCCAACGAAAAGGAACAAAUGCUCGACCGAAUAAAUGCUCGACUACGAGCCGAAGGUAUUCCGCCCGUCGAGAUGAUUAUCCUCAAGUGGCGCGUCUCCCAGCUGCUGCGGGACAUCCAACGCAAGUACGAAGCAGGUAGCAUGCUGCAAGGAAUACCAGGAACGGGCACAGGCUCAGGCUCGGCUUCGCCAAUACAAGUCCAGACCUCCCAAGCGCUUUCAGACAGCGGCCUUCAGUCACCGAGCUCACAGCGAACCGAGUAUUCACCCAGCGAAACUCGCCCAUACGACCCAAUACGAGAUGUUUAGAUCCUCCGAACCCUGCAAUGAUUCCUGUCUUUUUACAGCGCGUGUUCAAAAAGUCGAGAAAAGGAACCCCCUCGACCAUUCCUAGUAUUCGAGCCUGAUACCCAAGAGCACACAUGGCCCGGUGUCGAUAGACCAAAACACCUAGCCCGGAAAAGCGCCCCACGACGACACGGAGCGAGACAGGGCUCGCCAUGAUACUCUUUGUGCGACCUGCCACGAAAGGCGUCGACAAGACACAGCGGUCGUAGACAUCAAGCCAAGAGAGGCCAACCAUACGGCUGCAGAGUUCAAUGCGGCUGGACCAAGCGGGACCGGCGUGCUCUUGUAUGUGUGUAAUGCUUUGGUACGUGGCCGCGGCAGUGCCCGGGUUGAGCGCUUUCAAGCCCAGCUCUUGCAUGCGCCCAACAUGUCUCGCUUUUCUUUUCUGUGUGUACCUUACACUUUCCCGCGUGC